AUGUCACCAACCUGUACUACUGAUUGUGGUACUAGAAGUGGUUCUAGUGGUGGCGCCGGUAGUACUACUGGUGGUGGCGCCGGUAGUAAUACUAGUGGUGGUGCAGUUAGUAGUUCUGGUGGUGGCGCCUGUAGUGCUAAUGAUGGCGGUACCAGUAGUGGUUUUGGUUGUGGCACCGGUAGUGCUUCUGGUUGUGGCACCGGUAGUGCUACUGGUGGUGGAUCCGUUAGUGGCUUUGCUGGUGGUUCUGGUGAUGGAUCUGGAAGUGCUACUGGUGGUGGUGCUAAUAGUAGUUCUGAUGGUUGCGCCAGAACUAGAAGUGCUACUGGUGGUCGUGCCAGUAGUGUUCUGGCGAUGGCGUCGGUAAAACUGCUGGUGGGGGUGCUAGUAGUGCUUCUGUUGGUGACGCAGGUAGUUCUACUGGUGAUGGUGCCGGUAGUGGUUUUGGCGGUGGCGCCAAAAGUGCUACUGGUGUUGGUGCCUGAUGUGGUUCUGAUGGUGGCGCUGGUAGUGCUACUGCUGUUGAUGGUAGUGCCGGUAGUACUCCUGGCGGUGGAACCCGGUGUUGCUCAGGUGGUGGAGCUGGUAGUGGUAGUGGUACUGGUGGUGUAG